AUGGCGGCCGCGGGCGACACCGUCGUCGUCCCCCGGAACUUCCGUCUUCUCGAGGAGCUCGAGAAGGGCGAGAAAGCGCAGGGGGCGUCGCCGCAUCUGAGCUACGGGCUCGCGGAUCCCGAGGAGGACGCGAUGAUGAUCAACUGGAACGGCACGAUCAUCGGCCCCAACGGGACGCCGUUUGAGGGACGCAUCUACUCGCUUCAGAUCGAGUGCGGGGAGAGCUACCCGGAACUCCCGCCGAUCGUGAAGUUCCGCACGAGGGUCAAUCUGCCGUGCGUGAGCGGUGACCACGGCCGCGUGAACCCGGCGGCGGUGCCGGUGAUGGCGCAGUGGCGACGCUCGUACACGAUCGAGGACGUGCUGAACUCGCUGUGGAACUUGAUGAAGUCGCCGCAGUGCCGAAAGUUGGGGCAGCCGCCGGAGACGGCGCCGGACUAUCCUCUUUUCUGAGUCGGGGUAACGCAUCGUGCGCGUGCGGUACGUCGCGAGGUGAUGUGAUUUUUUUGAAAGAAAGAAAGAAUCGAGUCGAGUC